AUGUCUUCUCCGCAUCGUCGCGCGGGUGUCAAGCGGCCUAGGACGCAAUCGCUCCCUCCCCCGUCGCUGCCGCAGCUCGUGUCUGAACAGCAUUCCGCCAUUCCGCCUACCGAUAAAGACUCGCAGCGACUCAUUGUCGUCUUGUCCAAUGCCAGUCUCGAGACUUACAAGGCGUCGCACGGCGGGGCCAACCGUGCCGGCGCCCUCCGCGAAGACAAGUACUCGCUCCUCAACAGUGACGAGCACAUUGGCGUCAUGCGCAAAAUGAACAGGGAUAUCAGCGACGCUCGCCCCGACAUCACUCAUCAGUGUCUCCUGACCCUCUUGGACUCGCCCAUCAACAAGGCUGGCAAGCUCCAGAUAUACAUCCAUACCGCAAAAGGCGUGCUAAUCGAGGUGUCGCCGUCGGUUCGCAUACCUCGUACAUUCAAGCGUUUCGCCGGCCUCAUGGUGCAGCUCCUGCACCGUCUAUCCAUUCGCUCCACAAACUCAAACGAAAAACUGUUGCGCGUGAUUCAGAACCCUAUUACUGACCACCUCCCUCCCAAUUGCCGCAAGGUAACCCUUAGCUUUGAUGCUCCCCUGGUUCGAGUACGCGAGUUUGUUGAAACCAUGGGGCCCAAGGAGAGCAUAUGCGUCUUCGUCGGCGCAAUGGCCAAGGGUGCCGAUAACUUCGCCGACUCGUUGGUCGACGAGAAGAUAUCGAUAAGCAACUACUCUCUUUCCGCUAGCGUGGCCUGCAGCAAGUUCUGCCAUGCGGCCGAGGAUGUGUGGGACAUUAUCUAG